UCAACCAAUGGUACCUCCUCCACCCCCAUACGAGACAAGUCACCCGUCAAACGGGGAAAUUACGUAUCCUACCCUGCUAAACGGAGCUAUAUACCGGAACGGAAUGUGGUUGUACCCGAACUCAAUGGCAACCAUGGAAAAAAAACUCAUAUGGCUGAUCAGCAAUCCGCCACGCAACUUCAUCCCCAACAGCGCUUGGAAACGAGCAAUUUUAAAUUCCACCAACAUUACAACUUCUGCGAGAAAGCGAAAUCAAGCAAACAAAAAACUGCGUGUGAACGACAAUAG